AGAAGAGGAAGAAGAAGAAGAAGAAAUAGGAUGGAACGUCUUUACUACCGUGUAUUAUAAUUAAUAUUUUUCACGACAGCUACUUAGUUGUAAGAUGUGCUUUUAUAUAAACCUUGUGCUCGUGUUUAAUAUGUGUUCAUGGAGCCUGUCACAGCAGGCAGAGCAUGAGUGUAAGAGGCAUCCAGCAGGUGGAGACACGCCACCAGACACGAGUACACGGAGCAGCACGCGUCUUAUUUUGAACGACGAAAAGUCUAAGAACAACAACAACAUCUCACCUACGGAUGGAGGAUCAACAACCACAGCCACAACCACUCCUACCUCUGCAGAGCCCCCGUCCAACGAACCUUGGGACAAGUAUCGCCUGCCCAAGACGCUGAUGCCGGUCGUCUACACUGUGGAAUUGUGGCCACGGUUGACUCCAGACCCAAAAACAGGACUCUACAUCUUUACUGGUGAUUCCACUGUGGAGUUUGAGUGUGUGGAGGAGACAGACCUGAUCCUCAUCCACUCCUUAAAGCUCAACUAUACCAAUUUAAGCAAUGGCCUCUGGGCGACUCUCACCAGUGUCAGCCCAGAUGCUCAAGUCCCCUCAGUCAAGACCACUUGGCUCCAGAAUGUGACCCAGUACCUGGUGGUUCAGUUGGACAGUAAACUGACCAAGGGCCACAAGUACACACUGGCCACCAAAUUCACUGGAGAACUGGCUGAUGACCUAGGAGGCUUCUACAGGAGUGAAUACGAGGAGGAUGGAAAAACCAAGGUUGUUGCUACCACUCAGAUGCAGCCAGCUCAUGCCAGGAAGGCAUUUCCCUGCUUUGAUGAACCAGCCAUGAAAGCUAUUUUCCACAUCACUGUGUUCCAUGACCCAGGAACGAUCGCGCUGUCCAAUAGUGAAGAACAAGAAUCAAACAGUGUGGACAUCGAAGGCCAUAAGGUGAUGAAAACGGUCUUUAAACCAACCGAGAAGAUGUCCACCUACCUGUUGGCCUUUAUAGUUAGUGACUUCACCUUCAUCAACGACACCAUUGAUGGGGUUCUGAUCCGAGUUUUUGCCCGGACUCCUGCCAUAAAAGCCGGCCAAGGAGACUACGCCCUGAGCAUAACCGGACCCAUCCUCAAGUUCUUUGAGAAAUAUUACAACUCUACGUACCCUCUGCCCAAGUCUGAUCAGAUUGCGCUGCCGGACUUUAACGCUGGCGCCAUGGAGAACUGGGGUCUGAUAACAUACAGAGAGACGGCUCUGCUCUACGAUGAAGCAUUCUCCUCCAGCUCCAAUAAGGAGAGGAUUGCUACUAUCAUUGCCCAUGAGUUGGCCCACAUGUGGUUCGGUAACCUGGUCACACUGAGGUGGUGGAACGACCUGUGGCUCAAUGAAGGCUUUGCAUCCUACGUUGAAUACCUGGGGGCCCAUGAGGCUGAGCCUGACUGGAAUGUGAAGGACCUCAUCGUGCUCGGCGAUGUUCACAGGGUGUUCGCUGUUGAUGCCUUGGCCUCCUCUCACCCUCUGACCUCUUUAGAAGAAGACGUACAGACGCCAGCUCAGAUCAGUGAGCUGUUUGAUGCCAUUUCCUACAGCAAGGGAGCAUCUGUUCUCAGGAUGUUGUCAGAUUUCCUCACUGAAGAAGUCUUUAAAAAGGGCCUCCAGACAUACCUGAAUAAAUUUGCCUUUGGGAACACAGUCUACACAGACCUAUGGGAUCACCUUCAAGAGGCGGUUAAUGCUGCGGGCACUAAGCUUCCUCACACCGUCCAUGAAAUCAUGAACACCUGGGUGCUGCAGAUGGGCUUUCCUGUGCUCACCAUAAACACUACAACUGGAGAGGUUUCCCAGAAGCACUUCCUCCUGGAUCCAGACUCCCAGGUCACGGCAGAGUCUCCCUUCAACUACAAGUGGAUUGUUCCCAUCCAGUGGGUGAAAACUGGAACGAGUCAAGAAAUACAGUGGCUUGAGGAGAAAUCAGCCACCAUUGAGACAAUGAAGGCAUCUGGGGCUGAAUGGGUGCUGGCCAACUACAACUUGGUGGGUUACUAUAGAGUCAACUAUGACCAGGGCAACUGGGACAGACUCCUAAACACCCUGGGCAUUAAUCAUACGCUUAUUCAAGUAAUUAACAGAGCUCAGCUGGUGGAUGAUGCCUUCAACCUGGCCAGAGCUCAGAUCAUCCCCACGGCGCUGGCCCUCCAAACCACCAAAUACUUGGACAAAGAGAGAGACUACAUGCCAUGGCAGUCCACUAUCAACAACCUGGACUUCUUCUACCUGAUGUUUGACCGCACCGAGGUUUACGGCCUCAUGCAGAAUUAUGUGAAGAAACAGGUGACUCCUCUGUUUACCUACUACAAGGAGAUGACCAGCGACUGGACCACAGUUCCCAAUAAACUAAUGGACCAGUACAAUCAGGUGAACGCUAUCAGCCAGGCCUGCAAGUCCGGCCAUACCGAAUGCCAGACUCUGGUCAAGAAAUGGUUCAAUGACUGGAUCACCACCAACAUAAACCGCAUCCACCCCAACCUGCGUUCCACCGUAUACUGCAGCGCCAUCGCAGCCGGUGGCGUUGCCGAGUGGGAGUUUGCUUGGUCCAAGUUCAAAGAAGCCACCAUUGCAAUUGAAGCUGACAAGCUACGCUCCGCCCUGGCCUGUACCAAGGAGCCGUGGCUGCUCAACAGGUACUUGGAGUACACUCUGAAUUCCACUUUGAUCCGAAAGCAGGACGCCACCUCAACCAUUGUCCUCAUAGCCAACAAUGUAGUUGGGCAGUCUCUGGCGUGGGACUUCAUUAGGGCUCGCUGGUCGUAUAUUUUCACAGAAUAUGGAGGUGGGUCAUUCUCCUUCGCCAACCUCAUCAACGGUGUCACCAAGCGCUUCUCCACCCAGUUCGAGCUUCAACAGCUGAAGCAGUUCAAGAUAGACAACGCAGAUGUGGGUUUCGGCUCUGGCACCAUGGCUUUGGAUCAGUCCAUUGAGAGAACCGUCGCCAACAUUAAAUGGGUCGAACAGAACAAGGAGAAUGUUCUAGACUGGUUCAUAAAUGAAGCCAAGCAAUGAUAAUUUGCAUUUGUAAUUUAAUUCUCACAGUUUGUAUAUUUCCUAAUAAAAUAAUUUAUCUGAUAAUCUUUAAAUGACAUGAGAAACAUGAAGAGCAGCUCUUUUGUGUCUUAGGUAUGUUAGCAUUGAUGGCUGGAACUGACGCUGGACGACAUAUGUCCCUUAUAGCUGCACUUGCUGCUGUCCUGGUCCACUGUAAAGAUUUUGAUAUAUGUGGUGGAUGUCAAUAAAGACCUUUGUUAAGAAUC